UCCCACUUCCCCUUCUUCUUUGGUUCCUCCGCUUCCUUGCCCUUUAUUAUCCCUCCAUUCCCCUCUUAAUAUUCUGCAGAUUCCUGCAGCUGUGCUUCUAUGCUGAACGUCGCCCGCAAGACAUUCAAACGAGUCCCCAGCUUUCAGGACCUCCUACAAGGCAGAAUGACCCACCCCGAUAUUUCUGUUGACGUUCUCGUCAUUGGUGCUGGCCCAACUGGUUUGGGUGCCGCCAAGCGUUUGAACCAGAUUAAUGGCCCCUCUUGGAUGAUUAUCGACUCAAACGAGACCCCCGGUGGUUUGGCUUCCACUGAUGUUACCCCCGAAGGUUUCCUGUACGAUGUCGGCGGUCACGUUAUCUUCUCCCACUACAAGUACUUCGACGACUGCAUUAACGAGGCCCUCCCCAAGGAGGAGGAUUGGUACACCCACGAGCGUAUCUCCUACGUUCGCUGCCAGGAGCAAUGGGUUCCCUACCCCUUCCAAAACAACAUCUCCAUGCUGCCCAAGGAGGAGCAGGUGAAGUGCAUUGACGGCAUGAUUGAUGCUGCUCUCGAGGCCCGUGUCUCCAACACCAAGCCCAAGGAUUUCGAUGAGUGGAUCGUCCGCAUGAUGGGUACUGGUAUUGCCGACCUCUUCAUGAGACCCUACAAUUACAAGGUCUGGGCCGUUCCCACCACCAAGAUGCAAUGCGCUUGGCUCGGUGAGCGUGUCGCUGCCCCCAACGUCAAGGCCGUGACCACCAACGUUAUCCUCAACAAGACCGCCGGUAACUGGGGUCCCAACGCUACCUUCCGUUUCCCCGCCCGCGAUGGUACUGGUGGUAUCUGGAUUGCUGUUGCCAACACUAUCCCCAAGGAGAACACCCGCUAUGGCCCCAACAACAAGGUUGAGAAGGUCAACGCCUACAACAAGACUGUCACCCUCGCCGAUGGUACCACCAUUGGUUACGGAAAGCUGGUCUCCACCAUGGCCGUCGACUACCUCGCCGAGGCUAUGAACGACACUGAGCUUAUGCCCCUCACCAAGCAGCUCUUCUACUCCUCCACCCACGUUAUCGGUGUUGGUAUCCGUGGCGCCCGUCCCGACCGCAUCGGCGACAAGUGCUGGCUGUACUUCCCCGAGGAUGACUGCCCAUUCUACCGUGCCACCAUCUUCUCCAACUACUCCCCCCACAACCAGCCCGAGGCCUCCAAGAAGCUGCCCACCCUUCAGCUCGCUGACGGCUCCAAGCCUAAGAGCACCGAGGCUCAGGACGGUCCCUACUGGUCCGUCAUGUUGGAGGUUUCCGAAUCUUCUAUGAAACCCGUCAACAACGAGACCCUCCUUGCCGAGUCCAUCCAGGGUCUUGUCAACACCGAGAUGCUCCAGCCCGGUGAUGAGAUUGUCUCCACCUACCACCGGCGCUUCGACCACGGUUACCCCACCCCCAGCCUGGAGCGUGAGGGUGCCCUCACCCAGAUUCUCCCCAAGCUCCAGGAGAAGGGUAUCUGGUCCCGUGGCCGCUUCGGUAGCUGGCGCUACGAGGUCGGCAACCAGGACCACUCCUUCAUGCUUGGUGUCGAAGCUGUUGACAACAUUAUCAACGGUGCCGUUGAGUUGACCCUCAACUACCCUGACUUCGUCAACGGUCGCCAGAACACCGAGCGUCGCUUGGUCGACGGUGCCCAGGCUUUCGCCAAGAAGUAGUAGAUAAUUCCCCUUUAUUUCUUUUUAACUUAUCCCACCAUUCUUGUCAGAAGUGAAAGGUUCUUUUUUUUUUUCCUCCAUUUUUUUGAUACA